AUGAUGGUAGAUGAAGAAGUUCUGACGACUCGCCAAAAGACUACAGUCAUCCCGCCGGCUUGCAGAAUAUCGAAAGAGAUUGCCGAUGUUCAUGCAGGUGAUCCAGAAGCCCCUCGUGUCGAUAAUCUCGGUGCUCGAGAUAUGAAGAAAACGCCCAGAGAAGAACAUCAGGGUGAAGAAAGUGAUAUCGGAGAAGCCGACAUAAGCCGCACCCCACAGCAACUGUAUCGCCAUUGCAUGUCCAGACACACCAAGCAUGUGGCAUAUGCUGGAAUAUUGAUACUUUUCACAGGUUGGUGGGUCGCGGGGCUGGUCCUUCACCACGAUGACCUGGGAUGGCUAAUCCCAUUUAUCGUCUAUCUGGCCAUCACUCUGCGCAUUGUCUUUCUUUAUCUUCCCAUAUCUGUGCUCACCAGACCGGUCUUCUGGAUCUGGAAACAGACCAUCUCGCGUCUUGUAAGCUAUGUGCCUCCAAGGUUUCGUAUACCAGGAGCAGCGUCAAUGACAAUUACCGUGAUUAUGAUCGGGUGCUUCGUCUCUGCGGCUACACCAGACAACACGCGAGCCGACAGAGCAGUCAGCCUAUUCGGACUGAUCGUCUUCUUGUUUAUCCUAUGGCUCUUCUCUCGGGAUCGCAAGAAGAUCGUCUGGCAUACCGUCAUCGUUGGCAUGUUGGUUCAAUUUAUCGUGGCGCUAUUCGUCCUGCGGACACAGGCGGGAUACGACAUCUUCAACUUCAUAUCGACCCUAGCUCAGAAGCUACUGGGAUUUGCAGAGCAAGGCGUCGAUUUCCUCAUCGAGACAGGCUGGGCUGAGCAACACAAAGGCUGGUUCAUCGUCAGUGUCAUCCCUGCGAUUAUGUUCUUCGUAUCUCUUGUGCAGCUCCUAUAUCACGCUGGCAUCUUACAAUGGUUCGUUUGCAAAUUCGCGACGUUCUUUUUCUGGUCGAUGCGUGUGUCCGGGGCAGAAGCGGUUGUUGCAGCGGCCUCUCCGUUCAUCGGGCAGGGGGAAUCAGCCAUGCUUAUAAGGCCCUUUGUACCGCACCUGACCAUGGCUGAAAUUCAUCAAAUCAUGACCUCUGGAUUUGCCACCAUCGCCGGCUCCGGUCUCAUCGCAUACAUCGGCAUGGGCGUCAAUCCUCAAGCCCUUGUAUCUUCCUGCGUCAUGAGCAUCCCCGCCUCCCUGGCAGCAUCCAAAAUACGCUGGCCCGAAAACGAGGAAACCCUCACAGCAGGCCAUGUCACCGUACCGGAAGACGAAGAGCAUCAAGCCGCAAACGCCCUUCACGCGUUUGCAAAUGGCGCCUGGAUGGGUAUUAAAAUCGCCGGCAUGAUCACCGCCAACCUACUCUGUAUCAUCUCGCUGGUCAGCCUAGCCAACGGCCUUCUCACCUGGUGGGGACGUUACUUGAAUAUUAACGAUCCUCCUCUGACCAUCCAACUCAUCAUGGGAUAUAUCUGCUACCCCGUUUCCUUUCUCCUUGGGGUUUCCCGUAACGACGACCUCCUGAAAGUAGCGCAGCUAAUCGGGAUGAAGCUCGUCAUGAACGAAUUCAUAGCCUACUCAGCCCUCCAGACCGACCCGCAAUACCAGUCCUUAUCUCCUCGAUCAAGACUAAUAGCCACGUACGCGCUCUGCGGAUUUGCAAACAUCGGCUCCCUGGGAAACCAGAUCGGGGUCCUGGCACAAUUGGCUCCCGAGCGGGCAGGAGAUGUGUCUCGUGUGGCUGUUAGUGCAAUGAUAACAGGGGCCAUUAGCACGCUUAUGAGCGCAGCAAUUGCCGGAAUGAUUGCUAUCUAG